AUGGAAAUAGAAGAAUCCAAAGAGAAGGAGAAAGGUGAUAUAAUAAUAACACUAUUCCCAAAUUUGAUAUCUCUCGAAUUUGGGGAUUUGGAUGAAUGGGAAGAAUGGAAUGGGAUUGGAGGAGAAGAAGAAGAAGAGUGUAACAAAUUCACUAUAAUGCCACGUUUUCAACAUUUGAGAAUCUGGGAAUGCCCAAAGUUAAAGUUGCUGCCAAACUUCUUUUGUACAACUCCAUUACAAAAAUUGGAGAUCUAUUUUUCGUACAAUCUCUCAGAACACUGCGAAAGAGGGACAGGAGAGGAGUGGCCCAAGAUUUCCCACAUCCUUAACAUCAUUCUUAGUUCUAUCUAUGUGCAAAUAGAUGGUGAAGAGAUUCUUUCGUCCUUAUUAGAUGACGAAGAUAGUGAAGAGGAUGACAAAGAAGAGCACGCCCAUUGGUGGCUCCACAUGGAGUUUAGGGUGGUCACAGGACCACCUUGA